AUGAUGCGACGCAUCCUGCAGGCCAAGACCGAGUCCGUCAAGUGGGCGCAGCAGAUCCCCUUCAGCGCGGGGGGCGCUGGCUCGGAGUUCGAGGACGACGUCGCCCACGAGGGCGGCGCCGACGAGAGCGCGGGCGAGGGCGCCGGGGUCGAGCCGAAGGCAGAGCACCCCAAGGCCGCGCAGUUCCUCUACGGCUGGGACCCAAAGCGCAGCAAGGCGCGGAGGGUGGACGCUUUCGACGGACGCGUGGAGUUUGCCAGCAAGGCUGCUCAGGCCAAGUCUGCCCUAUUCGGCACUUUGGAGGAGACUGUGGACAUCGUGGUCGGGAUGGCCACGGGGCUUGCGGAUGGUAAGUUGGAGACGGAUCAGGCCAAGCAGGCCAUCAACAUCAAGGAGUCUGAGCACGCGAAGGCGGCCCCUCAGCGCGAGAAGGAGGCGCAGGAGGCGAAGGGGGGCCAGAAGGCGACUGAGGACGAGCAGCAGGCGACUACCGGGCAGCACAAGGCGACUCCCAAGGUGGAGAAGAGGCAGACGGCAGGGGAGAGGCAGACGCCCAAGCAAGUCAAGACGCUGGAGGAGCCCUUUCGAGCUUCCAAGAAAAAGACUGGCGAUUCCGACGUGGUUCCUGCGGUGGCGAAGGCUGCCAAGUCGUCAACUGGCAGCGAGCCCGAUAAUUUCUUUGAUGACGCAGGAGACCUUCAUCUUCCUCCUUGGAUAUGA